UCGUGUUCAACUUGAAGGUCCGAGCGUGAGAGGCCCAAGUUGAUUCAACUUCGGAAGUUGAACUCAUCGGUGUGCCCCUCGGAACUCGCAGUUUCAGUUCCGAAGCGAUGGCGGCCGCAACGAACUCUCUUCCCGCUGUGCUGCUGCUGCUCGCUUUCACGAGCAGCUUCGCAUUCGCCUUUGCUCGCCGGCUACCGUCCGUGCAGCCUCAGCCCGAAUCAGAUUCAGCGGCUGAAGCUAGCACUCAAGCUGCAAGCUCAGCUGUCAUUCGUGGCGGGGAUGUCGCAAAAUGCGUCGCCGAAGGUCUGAGCGAGCUCUCCAGUUUUCUCGGAGCGUCCAGCCGCCGUGUCUUCUCGACGCGAAGCGUCUUCAUGGCGCCUGGAGCCGACGAGCGGAUUUCCUUCACGCCUCGCGAUAAGGGACACGCCCUAAAGGACCUUAGCGAGUCAAUCCCUAGCCCGUCGUUCGCUGUUGAGUCCCUUACAUCAUAUCGCCUCCUUAACAGCCUCUACAGGCCCGCGAAUCACGCGCUCGUCGUCCUUGGUUCCGUACAUUCGUCCGCGACUGGCUCGGAAUCCGGAGGUGACAACAACGGGGGAAAGUUCCUCACAUUCUGGGACCAAAUCCAACCGUCCGAAGGUGAUUCUAACGAAGGCUGCUCAACGUGGGGCGUCAGCUGGCUGAUGUGGCAAACCCGCGACGCCAAGGAUCAACCCAAACGGGUUCCGUUAACCGCUACCAUUUCUGCGGAUCUCACCGUCUCGUCUGAAGAUACGGCAGAGCUGCCGGCGGCACAAGCGACAGCACAAGCGGCGGCCGGCGUUCCGGAUGUUCUGAUGAUGGGUAACGACUUCGGGCACCUGGACGCAGUCAAGGCGGCGCAGAGUCAAAACGAGCAGGCCCAAGCGGGCUCCGAGCCCGCAGCAGAGUCAACGAUUUCCGAAGAGAGCUCCGCAGAAAACGAGGAGGUGAAGGCGCUGGGUGCAGGGGAAGAGCCGCGGCAGUCGGACGUUUUUUUCAACGUUCAGACGGCGUGGAGUGCGUUCGUGUCUGCGAUUGCGGCUGAUGACGUGGCGUCGGCCUCGUCUAUUCUGUUCGGUCCUGACGCCGUGACGCUCAUGGCUCCUGGCGCUGACAGCGUGGUGCUCGCGACGGAGCAAGAGAAAGCGAACCUAGUUAAUGAAUUCAAGGCGUCACACAUGUCGUUGUCGGUGAUGGUGGAGGAAGUCGAGGUUCUGCAAGAAGAAGGGGACUCGUCUCUGAAUGCAGACUCGAAAUCGUAUGCUGCUCUCGUGCGAUCGACCUACACCAUUGCUGACGCCCAAGGUAUCGAGGUUGAGCACGGAAAGAGGGUGGAGUUAUGGCGGCCAAGUGCUACUAAUGCGGGAGGGUGGCACCUGGUGUGGUCCAUGUGGAAUGAUAACGGCCGUGUUCUUAAUAGGGAGGAGGCCAUGGCUGCGUACGAGAACGAUAAAUUCGUCCAACACGAUGACCCAGUCUCAUCGAAACUCUAAGCACUUCCAUUCCAUGCCAAGUUUCUGGCCGUGUGCUUCCAGAUUGUAUAUCUUUCGCUUCUAGUCUAAAGCCACACAAAGUUUCCUGGUUUAUCGUGCA